UUGCCACUCGAUCCUUGCAUCAAUUCAAUGCAAGCUCACACCUUCCCCCUCCUCUCGUAUAAAUCCAUCCUCCCUUCUCGCUCUCUUUCUCUCUUCCCUUGUCCCACUCCUCCCUUCUGAUUCUUUCUCUUGUUUAUGCUCUUUGCUCUCUCAUCGCAAAGUGUAGUCCAUAGAGAACCCCGCUGCACAGGUGUUGGGAAUAUGGGCAGGUCUCCGUGCUGUGAGAAGGCUCAUACCAACAAGGGAGCAUGGACCAAGGAGGAAGACGAGAAGCUCGUCUCCUACAUCAAAGCCCAUGGUGAAGGUUGCUGGAGAUCACUCCCCAAAGCUGCAGGUUUGCUUCGAUGCGGAAAGAGCUGCAGGCUCAGGUGGAUAAACUACCUCCGGCCCGACCUCAAGCGAGGCAACUUCACGGAGGAGGAAGACGAGCACAUCAUCAAGCUACAUGGCGUGCUCGGGAACAAAUGGUCCCUCAUCGCCGGUCGGCUACCGGGGAGGACCGACAACGAGAUCAAGAACUACUGGAACACGCACAUCAAGCGGAAGCUCCUCGGCCGAGGCAUCGAUCCCCAGACUCAUCGCCCGAUCCCGCAACAACCGAAAACCGCCAUGGUGCAGGACAUGGCGGCUGCCGUACAAGCCCCGGCCGAGUACUCCUCCUCCGACGAGGCUAUCUGCGGCGGUGCCAGCCAAGACGACGUCCGCUACAUCGACCUCAACCUCGACCUC